AUGGCUUGCGUGGAUAAAGGUCUAUGUACUAUUAGCACAUGGGAUAAGUUCAAAGCUGAGUUCAAGCAACCAUUCCUUCUAAAUAAUGUCUUGUAUGAGGUAAGGCACAAGCUUAGGGAGUUGAAGCAAACAGGGAGCGCACAUGACUAUGUCAAAGCGUUCACUAUCCUUAUACUUCAAAUUCGCAACCUGACCAAUGAUGACUUAUUGUUCCACUUCAUGUACGGGUUGCAAAAUUGGGUUAAGCAGGAGUUGCAACGUCGGCAAGUCACAGAUAUAGACAAAGCCAUAGUGGAGGCCGAAUCAUUGAUGGAUUUCAGGCAUGACAAGCACGAUAAAGGCAAAGGCAAGGAGUCAAAGGUUAACAAUGUCAAAGGUGGGCGAGAGCGUGGCAAAGGCAAGGAAAUACAACAACAAUAUUCCAAGACUCAAGAUUCCAAAAAGUCGAGUGGCCGUCAGAGCUACACCGAGAAGAAGGCGCAGGCCGAGAAGAAGGGAUGCUACAUAUGCGGAAGGUCGCACGGCUUCAGGUUCUGUCCCGACCUAAAGAGCCUCAACGCCAUGGUCCGUGAAUGGAAGGAACAGCCGCAAGGAGAGAGUUCGGGAACCACACAGUUGGGUAUGAUCGGAUUAUGUGGUUCUGUCACGAAGCAAGCUAUCCAACCUACCGAGAAUGGCAAUCAGUACGUGGAUCUCACCAUCAACAACAAGCCCGCUCGUGCAAUGGUGGAUACUGGAAGAGCUCAUAAUUUUGUGACUGAGGCUGCCCCAAAGAGACUAGAAUUGAAGCUUGCUCCAACCAACUCUCACGUCAAGAUCGUGAAUGUCGAGGUACAGAAUUCUCGUGGGGUAGCUAAUGGAGUUGGUGUAAAAUUGGGAACUUGGAAAGCUAUGACAAACUUUAUUGUAACCACUAUGGAUAUCUUGUACAUCAUACUAGGGCAAGAGUUCUUUAGACAUUGUCAUACUUUGAUCGACCCCUACCUCCAAUGUCUCUUGGUUAUGGAGCGAGAAGGAUCUUGCAUGGUACCUACAGUGACUAUGCCACAUGGACAGAGGCAAGCACAACUUUCAGCUAUGCAGGUUGUCAAGGGGAUCAAGAAGGGGAAGCCGACGUUCGUGGCAACCAUUGUAAGUCUGGAGGAAGGCAAGGGUUUUCAAAAGACACUGCCACCUUGCAUAGAGAAGUUACUUGAGGAAAACAAAGAUGUCAUGCCCGAGGAGUUGCCUAAGAACUUUCCGCAUAGGCGAGAGGUGGAUAACAAGAUUGAGUUGGAGCCAGGGGCUAAGCCACCCGCAUUUGCCCCAUAUCGUAUGGCACCGCCCGAGCUAGAGGAGCUCAGGAAACAAUUGAAAGAGAUACUAGAUGUUGGUUACAUUCGCCCAUCAAAGGCACCUUUCGGCGUACCAGUAUUGUUCAAUAAGAAGAAGAAUGGAUCGUUGGGCUUAUGCAUAGACUAUCGAGCACUUAAUAAGGUCACAUUGAAGAAUAAGUACCCGAUCCCGCUCAUUGCUGACUUGUUCGAUAGACUUGGGCAAGCCAAGUACUUUACCAAGGUGGAUCUUCGCAAGGGCUACUACCAGGUUCGUAUUGCAGAAGGGGAUGAUCCGAAGACAUCAUGUGUGACGAGAUAUGGAGCCUUUGAGUGGUUGGUGAUGCCAUUCGGCUUAAUGAAUGCAUCGGCCACAUUUUGCACCCUUAUGAACAAGAUUUUCCAUCCCUACCUUGAUUGGUUCGUGGUAGUCUACCUAGACAACAUCGUCAUCUUUAGCAACACCUUGGAGCAGCACAUAGAGCACUUAAGGAAGGUUUUCCAAGUCUCGCGGGAGAACGAGCUAUACAUCAAGAGCGAGAAAUGUGAGUUUGCAUAA